UCUAUAGGGGGAGAGAGAGAGAGAGAGAGAGAGAGAGAGAGAGAGAGAGAGAGAGAGAUUUAUUUCCACAGGAUGGAAAUUACGAUAGAGAAAUGCUGAAGGGGGAAAGAAAGUUUCAGAGAAAAUACAAUAUUUCUUUUUGUCAUAAAGAUCUUAACACCAUCCAGAUGCCAUAAGAUCUUUCUUAGGCGGGAUAAGAUUAGGGUUGGGGUUUCUUUGCGAUCAGAUCUUUUAGAAGUUGCAGCAAGUUUUGUUCAAGAUUGUUAGAGAGAUAUGUUAAAGGGAAAUCCAGAUAAGAAGGAAGCUGAGUCGGUGGCAGUUGCAAUAGACAGAGACAAAGGGAGCCAAUAUGCUUUGAAAUGGACUGUUGAUCAUCUUCUCACCAGGGGACAAGCUCUCACACUGGUACACGUUAACCAAAGAGUAACUUCAAGUCCCAAGCCGAGAAAAAUGGGGAGCCAUGAUGGGAAUGUUGAUGUGGGAGCGCACAAACAACUCGACAAUGAGUCCAAGGACUUGUUCCUUCCAUAUCGUUGCUUUUGCACGCGAAAGGGUAUCUCAUGUAAUGAAGUGCUGCUCGAGAACAUGGAUAUAGCAAAAGCAUUAACUGAAUACAUUUCCGCAACUGCAGUUGAGAUUUUGGUUGUUGGUGCAUCAACAAGGGGUGGCCUCGUAAGGAGAUUUAUGACUGCGGAUGUUCCAAGCUGCGUGUUAAAAGGGGCACCGGAUUUCUGCACCGUGUAUGUGAUUUCCAAAGGAAAGAUAUCAUCUGUCCGAUCCGCUACUGCUCCAGUACCUGCAAAGAAAUCUCCCCAUAACCAAAUGCAGCAUGAAGCAAGCCAUAUUUCUGAGCAACCUAAUGCAAAUUCAAUGCGUGAGCAACAACAUAGAUCAUCAGGAGAGAUCAGGACAGCAUAUCCACCCCGUAACAGUACCCACCACGAUGAAAUCAAGUCACCAUUCACAAGACAUAAUCGGACUUCAAUGAACAAAUCGUAUGAGCUCUCCACGUCAGAUACUCAUGACAUAUCAUUUGUGAGCAGUGGAAGGCCAAGCAUAGAUCAGAUGUUUCCUUCUAUUUAUGGAUAUCAAGAACCUGCAUUGCCUACUCCUCGAAUUUCAACCAGCUCAGAAUUUGACUAUAGAAACUUUGGAUCAUCCCUUUCGGGAAACAUAUCAAUUGAUCAUGUGCUAUCUUCACAGUUUGAACAUUCAAGUUCGCUUGAAAGUCGGAAUUCAUCAUGUUCAUCUCAGAUCAAGGAUGAAGUAGAAGCUGAGAUGAGGCGGCUGAAGCUAGAGCUGAAGCAAACAAUGGACAUGUAUAGCACGGCCUGCAAGGAAGCACUCACAGCAAAGCAGAAGGCAAGAGAGCUUCACCUCUGGAAACUUGAAGAAGAACAGAGAUUAGAAGAGGCACGACUGGCUGAGGAAGCUGCUUUGGCAGUUGCAGAGAAGGAGAAAGCUAAGUGUAAAGCAGCCCUUGAGGCAGCUGAAGCAGCUAGGAGGCUAGCACAACUAGAAGCACAAAAGAGAGUGAGCGCAGAAAUGAAAGCCCUCAAAGAUGCUGAGGAAAGAAAGAAGGCAACAUCUGCUUUGACGCCAAAGGAUAUCAGGUACAGAAAAUACUCAAUUGAGGUAAUCGAAGAGGCAACAGACAACUUUUCAGCUUCUCGCAAGAUAGGGGAAGGAGGUUAUGGGCCUGUAUACAUGUGUGAACUGGAUCACACACCGGUAGCAGUUAAGGUUCUACGUCCAGAUGCAGCUCAAGGAGAGGCACAGUUUCACCAAGAGGUUGAAGUAUUGAGCUGCAUAAGGCAUCCAAACAUGGUUCUCCUCCUUGGAGCUUGCCCAGAGUAUGGCUGCCUUGUCUAUGAGUACAUGGCUAAUGGGAGCUUAGAAGACCGCCUCUUUCGGCGAGGUAACACACCCGUUCUUCCUUGGCAACUAAGAUUCCGAAUCGCAGCAGAGAUUGGCACUGGCCUUCUUUUCCUUCACCAGACUAAGCCUGAGCCACUUGUACACCGUGACCUUAAACCUGGCAACAUUUUGCUUGACCGUAACUAUGUCAGCAAGAUCAGUGAUGUUGGCUUGGCCAGGCUUGUCCCUUCAUCAGUAGCCGACAGUGUAACUCAGUACCGCAUGACAUCAACAGCUGGAACUUUUUGUUACAUUGACCCAGAGUAUCAGCAAACAGGCAUGCUUGGAAUAAAAUCUGAUAUAUACUCACUUGGGGUAAUGCUCCUACAAAUAAUAACAGCCAAGCCACCAAUGGGUUUGACUCAUCAUGUUGAACGGUCCAUAGAAAGGGGGACUUUCGAAGAGAUGCUUGACCCAUCUGUUCCUGACUGGCCAGUCGAAGAGGCGCUAAAGUUUGCGAAGCUAGCUCUUCAAUGUGCAGAAAUGAGGAGAAAAGAUCGACCGGAUCUGGGGAAGGUCGUGUUACCUGAACUUAACAGAUUAAGAGUACUCGCUGAAGAUAACAUGAAUGCCGGCUUCAUGAUGAGCAGUAGUGAACCAAACUCACCAACACAUACCCAAGCAUCCUCACCACAAGAAGUGAGUUGCUAGCACAAUCUGGAUCUGGAUCAUCUGAUAGAGCCAAAGGCCACAUGAGCAAGCAUCAUCCAUCAUAGGAAGAAGACAAUGUACAUACUGAUUUUUUUUUUUCCCCCUUUUUAUAUGCAAACCAGCUUAAAUUUUUUUGCUUUGGAGGUAACUUGACCAUAAAGCUGAUCAACUAUGUCCUAAGGGUGCCACAAGUCAAGGCGUGGAGCCAAAUGUUGUUUCCUAAGGAUAUAAGGAAACUCAAUCGGCCAGUCUUAUCAAGUUUUCUAUUAUUUCCUGCUUCUUUGAAGAACGUCUAGAAAAAUAUAUCAUACAGUAUUUCUAAAGAGUAUCCA